UCUUCUCUUCCUUAUUUCUUUCUCUAUUUAUUUUUGUAGACUUCUUUAAUUAUUAAUUUCAAUUGACUCAUUAGAUCUAGUUUUCUUCUUCUUUUUUGCUAUAUUUUUGUAUUAUUAUCUGAAUUUAAAUUCAAACCCGAGUUUAAACUAAGAUGGAAGAAAUCAAAGUUUGAGACUAUUAUUUAUAGGGUAAAUUUUACUUUGAACUCUUGGGCUCUCAUUUUUUCAUUAUUCAGUUAAAUUAAUUUGGUUUGGUUUUGUUAAAAACAAAAAAAUGAGGACAAAAAAUUAAAAAAAAAAACCAAAAUUGUAAUGCCCUUUGCAGAAAUACCUCUGAAAUUAUCAACCCCUUGAAAUUGUAAACUCGGCAGGAUGUUGCUAUGAGCAGGUUGCAGUCAGGGCCGGACCUUUCAUGAGGCGCGGUUGUCUCAGGGCCCAUGAAUAUUUGAUUAUUUGGGAACCCUUUCCAGCCGCCCACCCCCUCCCCCUCUGCAAAUUCCUGGCUCGCCCCUGCCCUUGUCCCUCUCUCGCUUUCACUGGCUGCCCAGCCUCUCUCUCUCUCUCCGUCACUCCUGCCCUCGCUGUCGGCGGCUCGGACUCUCUCUCGCCUCUCGUUGCUCGCCUGCUCCGUCACUCGCUGCCUCUCUCUCUCGCUCCAUCGCUUGGUGGUUGCAUAUAUACUUUGCCAUCAAAAUGGAGCUUUCCUCAGGGUCACAACGAGAACCCCAUGCAAGGACACUUCACAUAGCAAUGUACCCUUGGCUUGCCGUUGGCCACAUCAUCCCUUUCCUCGAAACAUCAAACAAACUAGCAACCAAAGGCCACAAAGUCUCGUUCUUGAUUCCCCCUAGGACUCGAUCCAAACUAGCACAUUUCAAUCGCCACCCCCAUCUCAUCACCUUUGUCCCCAUCACACUCCCUCCUGUGGAAGGGCUCCCUCUUGGUGCGGAGACCACCGCGGACUUGCCCUCCUCCUUGGGCACUCUCCUCAUGGACUCCAUGGAUCGCACCCAACCUCAGAUUGAAGCUAUCCUGAAUCGUCUGAAACUGGACGUUGUCUUCUUCGAUUUCACCCACUGGUUGCCAGCUCUGGCCCGCCAGUUGGGGAUCAAGUCUGUAUUCUAUAGUGUAGUUAACCCCUCGACGAUCGCCUAUGCAUUGUCCCCAGCAAGGCGCCUUCCUGGCAAAGAGUUAGCCGGGGUUGACAUGGCUCAACCCCCAGAAGGGUACCCGCUUUCGGCGAUGAAGCUCCAUGCCCACGAGGCCAGAGCCUUUGAAGCUCGAAGGAAGAGGAAGUUUGGCGGAGACAUGCUGUUCUACGACAGCCUUUAUGCUAGCUUGUGCCAAUGUGAUGCACUAGGCUUCUCGACGUGUGGGGAGAUUGAAGGGCCAUUCUGUGACUAUCUCGGGAGCCAAUACGAGAAGCCUGUGUUGCUUUCGGGGCUAUUCGUAAACGAGCCACCGAGCUCGUCGUCUUUGGAUGAAAGAUGGGGCAUCUGGCUCCGCAAGUUCAAGGCUGGGUCGGUUGUUUAUUGCGCCCUUGGAACUGAGUGCAGCUUAACAGAGGAUAAUUUUCAAGAACUAGUUAUGGGUUUAGAGCUAACAGGUCUGCCAUUUCUGGCCGUGCUUAGGCCGCCAGUUGGGUCUGAGUCCGUCGAAGAGGCAUUGCCCGAGAGUUUUAAUGAAAGAAUUCAAGACAGAGGGGUCGUCUAUGGAGGAUGGGUCCAUCAGCAGCUGAUCUUGGUGCACCCUUCAAUUGGGUGCUUCCUCACGCACUGCGGCUCAAGCUCACUGCGAGAAGGAUUUGUGAGCCACUGCCAGCUAGUGCUGCUACCACAUAAGGGGGAUCAGAUGAUCAACGCAAGGCUGGCAAGUCUAACCUUGAGGGUGGGCGUUGAAGUGGAAAGAGGAGAAGAAGAUGGGUCCUUCACAAGGGACAGUGUGUGUGGGGCUGUGAGGUCUGUGAUGGAUGAAGACAGUGAAGUGGGGCAAGAGGUUAGAGGAAAGCAUGCUAAAUUGAGAGAGCUUCUGCUAAGCAAAGAUUUCGAUGCCUUUUACACUCAGACUUUCAGUGAGAAACUAGCAGACAUAUGCUUGCAUGAAUAAUUGUAGGCUUAAGUGGCUUGCUUGAAGUGUCUCAUGAAUGAUUAUGAGAAGGAUUGUGUCACUAUUUUAUGUGGGGUAUUUGUCAUGAUGGGGUGUCCCGUGCUUUUUGUUUAAUGCCAUUGUUUCAGUGUGGGUUCACUAAACAUGUGUAGCAAAGUGAUAGUUGAAGUAUGUCUUGAUUUUUAUAUUUAAA